AACUGGUGAUUUAUAAAAACCAAACACCUGUUGUGACUAUGAUUUUUGAUGGACGAAAUUCAACCCUUAAAAGCUGGUUUUCUUAUGUAAACUUGAAAAGUUCUCCAUGGGAUGACCUAUCUUCAGCCAACCCAGAGUAUUUCAGGAUGGAAGGAAUAAACGGUGUACGUCGCUUCUAUAUAACGAACCACAACGGUGGCUGUUCUGUUGAGAGUGGCUGGCUAGCCCUAAACGAAGCUGGAGUAUACUGUGCAUAUGAUGAAAUGAAUCACUUCCCUGCAAUUCGUUAUUCUGAUGCAAAAUCGAGAACUAUCUGGAACAACGGUUAUGCAUUAGCAGACUCCAUGGCCAUAUUCAUCCGCCUGAGGCAGCAGAACUAACCCAGCACAUGAUAUCCAUUGAUACUAUUGUUGUUGUCGUUGUUAACACCCAUCCAAUCCAGCUGACCACCACUAGUGAUCCGCAUAGGUCAAGUAAUACCUGUUAAUAAAGAAUCCAUAAAAAAUAUUGGUGAUCUUUCGUUUUGAGUCGACAAUUUAUAAGCAGGCUUCUUCGGUAAUUUCUGUGAACACGUGAUCUCUUGUCAACUGCGUGCUUCUUCUGUCUGACGUGUCGAAGUGGAAGGGGAAGCUAAUGGACCUACGUCUGUGUGUGUGUGCAUGCUUCUUUUUGUGUGUGUGUGAGUGCUUGUUCUGUUUUUAUGUAUUUAUGGGUGUGGAAUGUAGAU